GGCCUGCCCGGGAUCGUCGUCCCAGGCCGGGGACCAGAGACUCGCCGCAUGGCCACCAUGUCGUUCCACCGCCGCCCGCGCCACCACACGUACGACUACAACUACAAGGUGGGCGAGAGCAGCUACCAGGACAUGCUGGCCUACCUGGACCGCAAGGAGGGCCGCCGAGCCGCCAGUCCGCCGCCGGGCAAGAAGACGUUCGCCGAGAGAUUCGCCGAGAAGCCCAUCUACGGCGAGCUGGGUCCGCUACAGUUCGGCGAGGCGACGCUGGCGCCGGCGCCGCUCCGCCCCAGGAUUGCCAGCUCGGAAAUGCUGCACGACGUAAAGAAUCUCAUCAUGAUUCAGGCCGGAUCUCUGUAA